AUGGACGGCUUUCACGAUCUCAUCCGCAACCAAGCUCUUCUGUCUUCAGCAUGUGUUAAAGAAUCCGCGCCUUCCGCCGCUGCACCUACCACUCCGGAAAAGCGCUACCGCUGCACGACUUGCGGGCAGGGGUUUUCGCGAGCUGAACACUUGAAGCGGCACCAAACAAGGCACACCGGAGCCAAACCUUUCUCAUGCGUCUUCUGUUCGCGCGACUUCUCGCGCAAGGAUCGUCUUCAAACUCACUACAGUCAUUGCCAACGGCGCGGUGAUAGAGAUAUUCCUAACUCGAUCCCGAAAGGCCGUCGCCCGCAUGCGUGUGUGACAUGCAUCUCGUCCAAGAUCCGCUGUGAUGGAAACAAUCCCUGCGCCCCUUGCAAGAAGAAGCAGGUUCCGUGUCGUCAGAAACGAGGCGCAGGCGAAGAUCCAAGUCCCACGCUGACGCCCAAUCUAGUCAAUGACAAAUUUGGUCCAGUUGGCGACCGCGUGUCCAUCCAAGCACUGUUGAACGGCGGCAUCGAUACAUUCACAGAGGCGUUCAAUCUCCCACUUUGCGAUGACCGGCAAGCAGGCAUACAGUUCCGCCAACAGAAUGAAGAGCCCGAGGACGAGAUUGACCCGUCUCACCUCAAAUUGGAGGACCAAAGCCCUCUCACUUGUGAUUACUCGGCCAUGUUUGAAGUCCCGCUUGGAGUUGAUGACCAGUAUCUGGAUUUCUGGACGGGACCGUUUGGAUUGAUGCCUUCACCAUCCUACUCUGAUCUGCAGCUGGAACUGUACGAUCCGUCCAUGGUGUCUUCGGAAAUGCAGAUGGCUUCCACCCCGUCCACAACGACGCAACCGCCUCCGGACCAAGCGCAGUACGUCUCCGCAUUGGCCAUGGCCAUCUACAACAAGCUAUGGUGCCUGGCUUUGGACGAGAAAGCUAGACAAGAACUCACCACGUGUCUAAAUUUCCUGCUGACGGGAGAAAAGAUCCGGAAAUUCAUCUCGCUGUACUUUCGCAACUGGCACUUGAAUUGUCCCAUACUCCACAAGCCCUCUUUCGAUCCAGCCAACGUCCCCGUCAGUCUCGUCAUUAGUGUUGUCUUCAUUGGCGCGAUGUAUUCCAAAGACCAGACCGAACGGCUCGCUGCGAAGAAACUCGUGGAUGUCGCGGAGUUGGUUGUUUUCGACUCGGAGAUCUUCUCGUUCGAGAGUGAAGUCACCCGGUCGAUACAGGACGAAUCCACGCCGGCGAAUCCCGACUCCGCUCAUGAAUGGAAGAUAUUUCAAGAGCUGCAGGCCGGUUAUCUGAUGGUUAUUGCCCAGUAUUGGGGCGGCUCCCGUGGCUCGAAGCGACGGGCGAUGCAGUCCCGCUUCGGAGAUGUGAUCAAUGUUGCCCGAAGCAUGCAGCUACACCACGCCCGCCAUCUGCCAACUGACCGUAUCUCGGAAAUCGUUUGGUUGCAGAAAGAAACAAAAAUUCGCACGAUAUCAGCCAUCGCCUUACUCGAUUGUGCCAUGCGAAUUUAUUCCAACUACCCUUGCCGCAUCACGCUGGCCGAACUUGAUAACGAUCUGCCUUGUAAAGAAGCGAUCUUCAGCUCGCGACACCCUUUCAUGCAGGACGAAUCAAUCUUUGCUCCGCGACUUACAAUGCCGCAAUGUUUCGCCCUUCUCUUCGAUGGAAAGGCCAAGCUCCCGAAUUCUACCGCGCCUUCAGUACUUUCGUCCCAGGCAGAUGCGUCGGAGGCCGAAGCACCAUUGGAAGGGGCAGAUACUAGCUGCGACCUCACAAUAUUUGAUCUUUUCAUCCUGAUACACUUUUUGUAUACCUACGUCCACUCCUGUAUUAUGACCAUGUCGCUUAACCUGCCUACCACGAACUUUGGACCUGGAUCGAAGUCAUCCCUCGCCAUGGGCCGGAUUACCCAUCAAGUCAAAGGAGCGUUAGAAAAGUGGCGCCAGUUAUGGGAGGCCAUCCGCUCGCAAACCCAGGAUAAGUCACUGAAGGCUGAGGGCAUGUACAGAAACGCCUUCAAGUUCUGGGUCUUAUUACAAUUCAUCUUGGCCAAGGAGGAAGCCAUUGACGUGAUCACGGGCAUGGAAGUCAACUGCGACGAUGCCUUGACGAAACUCAAAGUCCUUUUCGAGAGCGACAAUGAACCUGAUGGGCGAUCUUAA